GUCAGCAGCUCGGAUGUGAUGUAGGAAAUACUCGCACUUAUCGGAAGUUACUACAGUUGAAGCAGUUUAGUUUAUCUUCUGUCAGUUCUUUUAUAUCAUCUUAUCACAGAUUAUCACAGUUUAUCACAGUCUGUCCGCGGUUUGUCGUGUUUCUCGAUGGCAUAUCCAGGAUACGGCGGGUAUGGAGCCCCAAUGCCCGGAAUGCCAGCUCAGGGGAUGCCGGGUGGUCCCAUGGGGGGCCCUCAGAUGGGGGGCCCUCAGAUGGGGGGCCCUCAGAUGGGGGGCCACAUGGGGGGGCACAUGGGAGGCCCCAUGCCUAUGGGCGCAUCCAUGGGAGGCAUGGCUCCUCAGGGAGGAUAUGCCCCGUACGGAGGAGGGUUCCCAGGAUAUGGUGGCGCUCCAGCUGCCAAUGAUCCCAUGUGGGGGUACUUCACGUCCAUAGCGGGACAGGACGGUGAGGUGGACGCAGAGGAGCUCCAGAGGUGUCUGACUCAAGCCAACUUCACAGGGAGUUACUCUCCCUUCAGCCUGGAGACGUGUCGGAUCAUGAUCGCCAUGUUGGACAAAGACUUCACAGGUAAAAUGGGGUUCAGUGAGUUCAAAGAGCUGUUGGCCGCCAUGAACGGCUGGAAGCAGAACUUCAUAAUGUUUGACCGGGACCGCAGUGGGACGGUGGAGCCUCAUGAGAUGUCCCAAGCCAUUACCACUAUGGGGUACCGCCUCAGUCCUCCGGCUUUGAACGGCAUCUUGAAACGCUACAGCAAAAACGGUCGGAUCUUUUUUGACGACUACGUGGCGUGUUGUGUGAAGCUGCGCGCGCUCACAGAGAACUUCAGGCGGAGGGACCAGAUGCAGCAGGGGGCAGUCACCUUCCAAUACGACGACUUUAUCCUGUGCACGAUGGCCAUCUGAGUGUUGUGCUGUUGACCGCUGACCACAGAGGUUUAAAGGGAGGCCAGUAUUUCCGACUGAGGGCCCGGACUCUCUGACAGGUCCAUAUAAACCGCUUGCUGCAACUCUUAAUUUCCACAGAAACACAGAGCAGGCUUUUCCCCAGACGUUUCUGUGCUGACGCUAUUGGAAAGUCUUUUAAUUCGAGCUGGAACAACCAUAGAAUCGAGAAAAUAUGUGGAUUGAUUAUUGACAAAAUGAACUUUAGACUACUGUUUGUAAAAGAUGCUCUGAUGUUCUGUUCUUCUAUUGUGCCAUAAAACAUUACUAAACAGCUAUAUAUUAAACUAACUAAAGCUUUAUAUAGUGAACACUCCUUUUUAAUGUAGCUUUACUGAAAUGUACAGUGAGACGUUUAAAAUAUCUGUGCCUUUUCUACUUCUGCAUCUGUUUGCUCUGUGCCAGACCCACAGACUGUAUAUAAACCCUCUUCAUACAGUCUAUGGCCCACGUGCCUGACCCAUAGACCGUAUAUACAGUAUACGUGUUCUUUAUACAGUCUAUGGCCUAACCUCAUAUUAGCUCCAUGUACAAUGUGACAGAUAUACCCGGGUGACUGUGUAUGCAUGAACUCUAGAGUUUGUACUGUAUGUAUCUUUGUUAUUCACAAUAAACACUGUGCCAGUAUGCAUUCACUUUA